GUGUGCUGGGGAGCAGUGGCCGCUGCGAGAGGCGCUGGAGGCGGGGAGGUGAGCAGCGCAGUCCGCGGCGGAUGACAGGACUGGGGCAUGGAGAUGUUGCGCCGCUCUUCUGUGUUUGCGGCUGAAGUGUUUGACCGAUCGCCCACCGACAAGGAGCUGGUGUCCCAGGCCAAAGCACUGUGCAGGGACUACAUCCAUUCCAGGCUGAACCGUGCCGGGAUAGGCUGGUCUAAGCCUGAACACGGACUUGCUGCAUCAGGUGGGGCGCUGGGAGAGAUAUCGUCGGUGCUGCUGUGGCUGGGUGAUGAGUUGGAGUACCUUCGGCCCAACGUUUACCGCAACGUAGCCCGACAGCUCAACAUUACUGUGGCAUCAGAGAGUAUUGUGUCUGAUGCUUUCCUGGCUGUGGCUGCGGACAUUUUCUCCACAGGUGUGACAUGGGGAAAGGUGGUGUCUUUGUAUGCCGUGGCAGGAGCCUUGGCAGUGGACUGUGUUCGCCAUGGUCACCCAGCUAUGGUCCAUACCAUUGUCGACUGCAUGGGGGAGUUUGUGCGCAAAAGCCUGACCUCCUGGUUAAAAAGGAGAGGGGGCUGGGUGGAUGUCACAAAAUGCGUGGUGAACACUGACCCCAGCUUCUGCUCUCACUGGCUGGUGUCUGCUGUCUGUGCCUUUGGACACUAUCUGAAGGCCACCGUGUUAUAUCUCCUCAGGGAGAAGUGAAAUACAAAGUCACAGACUGGAUUUUAGCAGCACCGUACACCAUCACCACUAUCACCACCACCACCACCACUUCACUAAAGCAUCCACUGCUUUGGAUUAUGUUUACACUUGUUUUGCACUGAGCCUUUACGGAUGAACACUUUCUCUGCUUCUUCUGCUUCCUAUCCUAGGUUGCUUAUUUAUUGUUUGGUUAUGUAAUGGCACACAUUUGACCUGAAUGUAUUAAAUCACCAACCGUUUUGUUUUUAGCUUCAAUUUUCCACAAACAGCAGGACUGCCAAUUUUGCCGCCUGGUUGGCAGCAGUUUGUCUGCCCCUAGUGGUAGAAAAUGGUAACUACUUUGAUUUAAAAUCCUCCUCUGGAUCCUGAGGUCAUUCACAAGGCCUUGGUCUUACAAAAUGUGCAAAAAUCUCCACUUGUCACCCUGAUGGCAUUCAAGGCCCAACAGACUAGUGAAUGCUUGAACAUGCAAUCUACAACAUGUUUUCUUCUUACUCAGGGACUGUAUUCAAAAUAUUGGUUAAGACUUUCACAGCAAGAGGUAUCUUCUUCCUCUAGAUUUAUAUAUAUAUAUGUACGUCCCCGAUUCCAAAAAAGCUCGGACAUUGUCUAAAACGUCAAUAAAAUUGUGUCAUAAUUUUUUUAUUAUAAAAUUAAAACUGUACAAAAACAAUAUAUUUCAACUUCAAACUGAUACAUUUUGUAUUUUGUAAAUAUACACUUAAAAUGUAACACUUAAAAUUUAAUCCUUUUUCCAUUUUUAUUGACGUUUCAAACAAUGUCCUAACGUCUUUGGAAUCAGGGUUGUAUUUCAGCUUUCCCUUGCAAAAAAAUAUUUUUAAAAGGGACCAAUUGGUGACUUUAAUGUUACUCUUUAACGUUUCCAUAAAGGUGAGCCUUGCCAUUUUAAAACAAAGAUCCUGUCCUUUUCAAUUCAAUUCAAUUCAAUUUCAUUAACAAGACGAAUGUGCAAACCUAUCUUAGUGGAUAUUCACGAUUAGACUAAAUGUUAUCUCUAACAGUUCUUCCUUCAUGUUAUUUACAACAGAAAAGAAGAAAAAUAUAAAUCCGUCAUAAAGAGUCAGCCUGUAAUAUAAUUCAAGUUCAGAUUCACAUAUAACUUGUCCUAAUAAUUGGUGGGGUGAAAUUAAACAUUUUGACAUGGCCUUCACUAAUUUAUUUAUGUAUAAAUUGGGGCACACCAUGUUAAAUUAUUUAUACCUUUCCUAGUGAAAUCAGUUGUGACCACUCAGUAUCAUCAUAUUAUGUUUUUAUAUUGGUAGGAGAUAGCUUUUUCUGAGUCAAAAGAAGGGAAAAGAAAAUAUAUUUUUCAAAGUCAAUUAUAAGAUUCUUCCCCUCUACCCACCCCAAUAAUUUACAUACAGUACCUAAUGAGUCCGAUGAAUUGAACCUACUUUUACCACAUAUAUAUGUAUUACCGACAGCAUGAUGCAUAUAAUGCAACUUUUUUCCUGUUCACUGUGAGGCAGUAUGUUAUGUUGCUGUACUGUAACUGUAGUAAUGGAUGUUACAGUAUAUUUUCUCUGAGUUAGAGCACUUUGAUAACAUUUCAUUUUAUAAGUAGAAUUUAUUCCAUGAAUAAUUUCACUUUUGUACGGCAUGUAGUACUAGGAGUCCUAGAAAAUAAGCACACGUUUGUAAGUGAUCUGCAACUGUAAAUAUUUACAAUAAUAAAUGGUUCUUACAACAGUU